CGUGGAUGAGUGUAUGUACCUGGGGUCAACAGUGCAAAGUAAUGGAGAAUGUGUUAGAGAAGUGAAGAAAAGAGUGCAGGCAAAAACUCUGAGAGCUGAUUUAUUCGGAUUAUUUUAUGGCUCUAUUUUUUAUGGCAGUAGUAAAACAGAAUAAGGCGCUGAACAGCUGCGCUUUUGAUCGCAGGGUGUGUUCCAGGCGGAGGGAUCUGAAACAGACCUGGCAACCCUGGCGCUUUUCUCUGAGUUAAAAAAAAAGCGCUCGGCUCUUCUAUUAGUUUAGUAGGGACGCUAUUGCUAAUGCUAACGCGAGCUCUGCUUUAAGCUAGUAGGCUACCUGAGUGACAGGCGCGUCUUUCUGUGAUUAGAUAUAACUUUAGUCAGUGAGUAAGGGGCGGGCAGUGUUAUAGCUUUUAUUGUAAUAGCAACGUCUGGUGUUGCAGUCGACGUUGGAAGUGCGGUGCAGGAGGCUGAAAGCGGCUAACUGGUUAGCCGAGCGGUGGUGAAAUAGACCUGGGGAGUUCGCUCGGUUAGCUGGGAGUGUGUGUGAGAGAGAAGGGGGGGUGGUUUAAAGCCGCCGUGGUGCUGUAAUGGGUGAUUUGGAGAUGUUCGGUGCUAGUGCUGUGCUGCUCAUGUGUGAUGGCUGGAUGGGAGACAUGCAGCUCCAUAACCGGGGAGAGCGCUGAAGCCAGACUCCGAGGAACAAUUAUGGCUUUAUUUGGUGGCAGACGAUGACUUGAAUCCACUCUGAUGAUCCGGAUCUUCAUCAUCCUAAACAUAUGAACAGAAGAUGAAGGUGCACAUCGAUGGGGGUGAUAAAAAUGAGAGCGCAAUGAAACAUCUGGUUUUUGAGGACCGUCUGAGUAAGAGCACACUGUUUGACCAGCCUGGGUCGAAAUAUCACGGCAAUGAAUGUUUACAAAUUACAGAAAAACUGUGCAACUCUCCUGGGUUGGAAUCGCAGAGUGGAAUUUCACACUGUGAUUUGGACAUGCUGGACAUCUCAGAGGAGAGUUGCUCUAUACCUGAAAAUGGUGACGAUGCUCAUAAGGCUAGUUUCACACCAGAAAUACAGCAGGCCUCUAGAAUAUUCCAAAGUCUUCUUCUGGACAAACACAAAGCUGUGACUGCCCCUUUUUGGUUCCCUGUUGGCGAUCAAGCUGGAAAUGAAAUGUGCUUGAAAAAGAUCGACGACAAGUUUGUCAAGCGGGACUAUGAAAGCAUCACGGAAUUUGUGGCCGAUUUUCGCCAGAUGUUGGAGAACUGCUAUAGGUAUCAUGGUUUUGAUCACUGGCUCUCCAAACAGGCACAAAAACUGGAGCUCAUCCUGGAGCAGAAGUUAACUCUGCUCUCAAGGACACUGAGAGAAAAAACAUCCUUGGCCGUGACUUCCAGGGGUCGUUUUGGCACUGAAGAUGAAAAAGCACCGGUCGGCAUUUCCACUAGACGCCGAUCUGCACCACGAAACUUGGCAGCCAUUUCUGUGUGCGGCUCCGAGUCCAUCAUGGUGCAAGCACUUCGAUUGGAGGAACAACAGAGGGCCAAGGAGGAGAAAAGGCAGCGAGACCUUGAGAAGAAGGAGGCUGGAGAGGCUUCAGCCAAAGAAGUGGAGGAAUGGGAGCGCUCACUGCUCUCACUAGCAGAGCCAUGGCCCAUAGGGAGCAUGUGGGAACUUCCUGCUAUCGGACACUUUUUGUGUCUGGCCCAAACAGCCCUCAACCUCCCAGAGAUCGUGUUCUAUGAAUUGGAACGCUGCCUGCUAAUGCCUCGCUGUAGCUCUUUCUUGGCCAAGGUAAUGACCUCCCUGCUUUGCUCUCCGCAUCGAAGAAUGACACUCCACAGGCGUCCAGCGUUGCCUUAUCGUCGCUGGGAGGCGGAGUUGAGGCAGAAAGUCUUGGGAUGGUACCAAGCUAUAGGUCGAGCCAAGGACCAAGAGGCUUGCGCUGAACAUCUAGGACUUUGCCAUCGUUUUUUUUGGACCCUCGGAGAAACAAGUCCUUUGGAAGAGAAACCGUUCCAUUUGUUGCCCUUCAACCAGCGCGUUUGGUUGCUUAAGGGCCUUUGUGACAAUAUCUACGAGACUCAGAAGGACGUGCAGGAUGCCGUGCUCGGACAACCUAUUCACGAGUGCCGAGAGUCCAUCUUGGGCUAUGACAGUCAAGAGAACACGUACAUACACUUCCCACAUUUCUGCGGGGCAGAUUUGCGUAUAUAUCGCCAGAGUCCGUGUCUGCCACUGGAAUUCCCCUUGGCAGCCUUUUCUGUAAAGAAACUAGAGCCUGAAGGGGUGGACAGGACAGGGGAGAACUUAAGCACCUGUUCAGAGGUCAAAGAGGGUAACUGGGAAUUCUGUCUGAGAGUCCAAGACGAUGGCUCGGAUGAAAGCGAGGUAGAUUGGAAAGAUCCUGACACAUUUCCAUUCCCUUGUAAGGAGGAGUUGUCAAGUCCUGAAAGCAUCAAGGACAAACACACGGAGGUAAAGCAAAGCCGUGAAUGGAAGAAGAAGACGAGGAAGACCGACUGUGAACCUUGCCUUAGAGUUGGCAAGAAUUGUUACACGGGCAAAUUCCCUGCCCAUUUUCAAAGUGCAAAUGCUUCAGAAGAUUUGCUGCCAUCAGACGUGGGUGCCGCAAUAAAUAACGGAUCAUCUUGCCAAAUCGGACAUCUUUACUCUAAAUGUUCCAUGGAUUCUCUCACAAUCCCAGAGCCUCUCUCAUGCUUUUGUUCCACAGCUGAAGCAGAUAAGAUCGUGGGUUUUGGACAAAGCGGCUCCUCAAGUGCUGAAAAGGGGAAAAUACCGUCCAAAAAAAAGAGAAGGAAGAAAAUGAAUGAAAAAUCGCACAGAGUCAAGGCCGGGAAAAGCAAGCUUGGUCUGAAAAGGCUCAGACAGACCAGAGUGGCUAAAAGCACCACGUGUAAAGUUGCUGCUGAUCUGAAGAGAAAGGAUAAAAGAAAGAAACACAAGUUAGGAAGAAAGUUAGUUCUUAAGAAAACCCAAGACACAAAUCAGGAUCAUCCUUCGCAACUCCCAGUGGAGCCAACGUUUAAGUUGGUCUGCACUAGUUUGGAUGAACUGAGGGACCUUAUCAGUAAAACUGAGGAUGAGCUAGACGAGUUGGAGAGCACCAAAAAGAGAUGUGAAAGGUGGUACAUAAAGAGAGAAGCAGUGAAGGAGCUUCACAUUACUCUCAUAAGACUGCUGAAUGAGCUGUUGCCAUGGGAACCCAAAUUACUCAAGGCCUUUCACAGAAACAGGGCCCGACUGAGAAAGGAAAAUGAUGACUUUACAAAGCAUCCUGAAUAUGAAAAGUUUGUUCGAGAGGACUGGGUAGCAUUCGAAUCAGAGGGAGAUGCAUCUAAAGAAAGCUGUUUGUCCACAGAGAUUAGCAGAGAGUUGAAGGACGAAGACAAAACCGAGAGGAUUUUCAAGGGAACAGCAGACUGUGAACAUUACAUUGGAAAUGACUCAUUAGGACACCUAAUUAGCAGACCAGAAGACUCAGCUUUGAGUGAAUCUGGACCGUUUACUCGAAGCGCAAAGCGUCGUCAGAGUGGUGGCCCAGAUGAAGACUUCAGUCUUGGCAAAAAAGGAAAGAUGUUCGAUGAUAAUUCUGUGACCCCUGAACAACAAUUACAGGUUACAUCAAGGGACCAAAUUACAGCUGGAGCAAACGCUUUAAGUACUAAAACCACAUCAGCAGUGACUCCGCCUCCGGGUGGUUUGAGGCGCUGCAAUCCAAUUCAGGCACUGUUUGCCAAGAGCGUUGGAAAUAAAGUUACCCUAAUAAGUCACCCACAGGUCGCUGUGGCGGAUCAAUGUCGGGUGGUUUCGACAGCUUUAACCACACCUCAACCACAACCAAGACCUGUCUCCAUCCAGACACAUGCUUCCAUGCCAUCAUCUGUACAGAGGCCCAUGCAGGUUGUAUACAAGGCUCCAGAAGGCCUGAGUGUGGUUAGGAAUAAUGGCACACCGGUUAAGUUUUCGGUGCAGCCAGCAAAUCCUCAGAAAACAGUGGAGAAAGCAAUGCAGCAGGUUAUUAUUCUUCCCACAAAUUUACUCCUUCAAAACACUGAGGAAAAACAAGUUCAACAACCACCUAGUAUUACUGCUGCUCCCCCAAACAAGCCUGCUACACUUUUGUCCAACACUUCAGGGUUCCCUGCAGGAGAAAAUAAGAUCCCAGUCCAGCAAGUGUCUCCCUUAAAAAAUAUUAGAACGGUAAUGACCUCAUCCGCUGCUUCACCUGGUUUGCAAAAAUCGGUAUCUUGUGGCGUUUCGCCUGCCCAUAAAAAAAUUGCUCAACCAACCCUGAAGGGGUCCACUACGUCGACUUCAGCCACUACUGUUCUCAACAAAUGUGAUCUCAAUCAAGAGUUAAAGACGGUUUGCAUCAGAGACUCUCAGUCCAUCCAUGUCACAACCAGAGGAGGAAACACAGGAGUAGUAAAGGUACAGAAUUCAGACAGUAGUGGUACGUGUGUUUUACCGUCCAGCCCAGUUUUCACUCUCGCUCCUAAGUUUCAAGCUUUCCUGGUGUCCAAGGCGUCUACUUUAGCACCAUCAACGGGUCAAAUUACAACUACAAAGUUAUUGCCUUUUGACUCUUCUCUAAAGGAUAAAGGAGCUUCCAUUAACUCAGUUUUAAAAAGUGCCAAUCCAGUAAAACCUUCUCCUCUAAUAGAAACAUUAAAUAAUACAGUACCCUUUAACAAAGACUUGCUUUUCUCAACCGGGUCUGUUUCUGAUAAUACAACGAAAAAUGCCCAGAUAUUAAUUGGCAUCAAUUCGCUAAUUUCAUCCAACGCAAAAACCAAUGCUAAUUUCCCUUCAUCUGGGAUGCCUGUCCAGACUGCUGCUUCUGAAAAUAUAAUUCGACUUGCUCAAAAGAGACCCCAAGAUACCAGCACAGAUCUGUCUAGCUUCAAGAAAGUUCUUCUAGUCGCGUCCACUGCAACGGUCCCAGCGGCAGUGUCAAGUAUCGUCACUACUUCUGCUUCUGCUUUUCAAGGAUCGAAGGUCAAGUUUUUGACUCAAGCUGGCUCUGCCUGUUCUACGAUUACUGUUUCUGAAGGGUUGGUAUCAUCAGAGUCCAGCGUUACUCCCACAACAACUUCAUCAGUCAUGAAAGUCAGACCGAACCUUGGACAAGCCAUUGGUUACACAACUGGUAUUCCGACUGAACUUCAAGCCAACAACCUUUCUGGAUUAACAGCUAGAAUACUACACAGACCAACUAUCACAAGCAAAACGACAGCAGAAACUGCUACAAGAGUUGCACCUCUGGUGGUAUCCAAUGUACUUGCAACAUCAAAUGGACAUUAUUUUGUCCAGAACAGCAACUCUGCGGCAAAUAUCGGAUCACCAGUGAAUGUCAAUGGUCCCCUCAAAGCUACUGCAAGUAAUGAUGGCAAAAGUGUUACUUUUUCCACUGGCCACAUGGCCUCCACAGCAGUGCAACAAAAGAGCACGUCUUACUCUUUGCCAACCUCCAUGUCCAUAUCAGACAUUCUAAAUAAUAGAUCCAAGCUAGUUAGUGGUUCAGCUCCAAAUAUCGGCUGUUCUGUAUUAGGAAGCCCAAUAAACAAGGGUAUUUUAGCAAGAGGAGGAAUGCAGGACAAACCAUUAGAUGGUACAUCCCCUAUUUUGCCUUCAACAUCUAUUAAACCUCCUAUCACCAGCUCUAUAACAAGGGUCGCUCAGCCUUUAGCUUUGAGCACCACACCUUUAAAACCUGUUUUAGACAACCCUUCUACUGGCACUCCACUGAUUGCUUCUACAUUGAGAUCUCCAAUAAACACCAUAUCUGGAGCCACGACAGUUCAGGAUAAAGUUCUGAUCAAUACUACUGCUCCACUCGCUCCUGGAACUCAACUGUUAAUUAACAACACGAGGUUCGUGGUACCCCCUCAAGGACUUGCACCCGGUGGUCACAUCCUUCUUAUCUCUAGUCCUACUGUGCAGCCUACUGGCCAAGUGGGGCCAAAUCAUGUAUAUCCUGCCCCAAAGGUGGCAGGUACUCUGAUUCCUCCUGCCUCGUCGGUUGUUCAAGGUCUGAGAAUGGUAGCACCUUUUAUAAGGGCACAGGAAACAUCUAUCAGGCAACCAGCAGCCAUCUCAGCAAAGAGUGAACAAUCUGUUAAUCUUUUAACUGCAAUCAGGUCACCAUCAGUCUCCAUGAAUUCCUCUCCUCUUACGUCUCAGUUAGGAACUUCUCACUCAUCUGUGCAGCAAAGCUUGGGCCAUAUUUUAAGACUUCCUUCUUUUUUGCUCCCUGAAGUGAAAGAACACUCCGCUGCUUCUUCAUGUAGUGUCACCACCUGCCCGAAGGAAAACGCCACAGCUUCUGCUCAGUCACAGAGCUGUUUACCGAGCAUGACCACUCCAGACCUUUUACAGAAAGAAAAACCAAGUGUAGCAGCGGCAAAAACUGUGAUUUCCUGGCCAUCCCCGGUGGUCACAGUGUCACCCAUGUGUAGUACAGUAUCAAGGAUGCAGACACUUCCUGUGGCAACUGUACCACCAAUUAGCAGUUCAGUCAACAGUUCUCAAACCACUUGUGUUGCAACGAUAUCUCCAUCUAUUAACACUCUUCUAAUGUCAACUUGUCAACCAGUUAGGCCUGUGCAACCUGGACAUAUCAGAAUGACAGUCCCUGAGCAUCCAGUACAAGUUAAAAGCAAGGCCUCAACACAAGUCUCAGACGAGCAAAAUAUCAGUGAACUGUUAUUAAGUCCAGAUGGUGCCAUUUUGAACGCACUGAGAUGCUCAUCCCCACAAAAUCUAUCGGAGACGACAGACAAAACGACAGUGGCCGUGACCACCACUAACACACUCGCUUUGCACACACUAGAUUCACACAGAAUGGUAACAUCAGAUAAUCCAGAGUGACCUAGUUACUAAAAAUAUGAAUUAAAUCAUUCAUUUAAUUGAAUGAUCAUACACCACCCCUCCCCCAUCCUUUUUUUGUUUUUAUUUUUAGAUCAAACUGUUUAUAGAAGCACUAUUUUGUAUAUUGGACUUUGUAUAUCGACACCUAUGGUGGGGAAACACUGUCGAGUUUUUAAUUGAAUUAGAACGGCCAGUAUUAUAUAUAGUAAAAUAUUUUUGUUGUGCUUUUCUUUACUUUUUCUUUUUUUUCUUCUUCCUCAAGCUUCAAGUUUUACUUCAGAAGAGAAUUUUAGAAGGAAUUUUGUAGCACUUAAAAAAUAACGUUCAUUAAGCAAUUCCUGUUCAAUCUUUCAAAUGCUGUUAGCGUACGUCUACCAGAUCUGUUUUGCGCACUUACACUUCGUGUCAAUGGUUUUCGAUAAUAGAUUCGAGUUUAAUAUGACUUGAUGUUUCCUUUUGCACAUCGGAAGACGCAAUGCAGAGUUAAAUGCUACUGUAUGAUUUAAAGUUAGAAUUUGCAUUUAUUUAACACAAUGUCUGCCAUGGACCUUUCAAAAAAAUAAACAUUUUGGAUCACUUGCA